CUGGGAGCUGGAGGUCAGACAUACCAGCAGGGUCGGAAGGAGGCAGGUACGGAAGCUGAUCUGCAAAGUGAGGCAGUGAAGCUGGCGUUUGACAGCAAAACGUUUGUCUGCGGAUUUUGAGCAUCUGAAGUUGACCUCUGCUUUAAGCAUUUGCUGCUGCUCCCUUACUGCCUGAAGAGAUGUCUGUCGCUUAUGAUGAUUCCGUUGGAGUAGAAGUGUCCAGUGAUAGCUUCUGGGAGGUUGGGAACUACAAGCGGACCGUGAAGCGGAUAGACGAUGGCCACCGCCUGUGCAGCGACCUUAUGAACUGCCUGCACGAGCGGGCACGCAUUGAGAAGGCCUACGCACAGCAGCUCACGGAGUGGGCGCGGCGCUGGAGGCAGCUCGUCGAGAAGGGGCCCCAGUAUGGGACGUUGGAGAAGGCCUGGACGGCUCUCAUGUCCGAGGCGGAGAGGGUGAGCGAGCUGCACCUAGAGGUGAAAGCCUCGCUGAUGAACGAGGACUUCGAGAAGAUCAAGAACUGGCAGAAGGAAGCCUUUCACAAGCAGAUGAUGGGAGGCUUCAAGGAGACCAAAGAAGCCGAGGACGGCUUUCGGAAGGCACAGAAGCCCUGGGCCAAGAAGCUGAAAGAGGUAGAGGCAGCAAAGAAGGCCUACCAUGCAGCAUGCAAAGAGGAGAAGUUGGCCACAUCACGAGAAACCAAUAGCAAAGCAGACCCAUCCCUCAACCCUGAGCAGCUCAAGAAGUUGCAAGACAAAGUAGAAAAAUGCAAGCAAGACGUUCUUAAGACCAAAGAGAAAUAUGAGAAGUCCCUGAAGGAGCUUGAUCAGAGCACGCCACAGUACAUGGAGAACAUGGAGCAGGUGUUUGAGCAGUGCCAGCAGUUUGAGGAAAAGCGUCUGCGCUUCUUCCGGGAAGUUCUGCUGGAGGUUCAAAAGCACCUAGACUUGUCAAAUGUGGCCAGCUACAAGAACAUUUACCGUGACCUGGAGCAGAGCAUUAAAGCUGCUGACGCAGUGGAGGACCUGAGGUGGUUCAGAGCCAACCACGGGCCAGGCAUGUCCAUGAACUGGCCACAGUUUGAGGAGUGGUCCGCAGACCUGAAUCGAACUCUCAGCCGAAGAGAGAAGAAGAAGCCUGCUGAUGGCGUCACCCUGACCGGCAUCAACCAGACGGGCGACCAGGCUCUGCAGAACAAGCCCAGCAGUGACCUUAGUGUCCCGAGCAACCCCGCACGGUCAGCGCAGUCUCUGUCCAGCUACAACCCCUUCGAGGAUGAGGACGACACGGGGAGCACCGUCAGUGAGAAGGAGGACAUUAAGGCCAAAAAUGUGAGCAGCUAUGAGAAGACCCAGAGCUACCCCACUGACUGGUCGGAUGAUGAAUCUAACAACCCAUUCUCCUCCACGGAUGCCAAUGGGGACUCAAACCCAUUUGACGAGGACACCACCUCGGGGACGGAAGUGCGGGUCCGGGCCCUUUAUGACUACGAAGGGCAGGAGCAUGAUGAGCUGAGCUUCAAGGCUGGAGACGAGCUGACCAAGAUAGAGGACGAGGAUGAGCAGGGCUGGUGCAAGGGACGCUUGGACAACGGGCAGGUCGGCCUGUACCCAGCGAAUUACGUCGAGGCGAUCCAGUGACGGGCCAGCCGGCUGGCUGGCGGAGGAUGGAGGCAGGGGCCCCAGGAGCUCCGUUGGCCAUCGGCCCCGGGCAGCGGCACUCCGGUAGCAGCCGGCCGUGCGAGCGUCCGCUCCUUUUCCUGCAAAACCUGAUGGCUCCGUUGCCCUUGGCUUCAUGGUGUCUCUCAGAGGCAGACGAGCUGGGUCAUUUCACCUGGGACUCGGCACCUUUCCACACGUGGUGUAGCCGGAGAGGUCUGAGCGCAGGAAAACAGUACAACAGAACUCGCCCCAUUCCCCCGUCCUGCUCACUGUGCGUGUCGGCUUAUCAUGGAUCUGUCUGUUCUUGACCUUGCUUUUCCUCCUCUCCUGAGUCAUGGUGGGUUCCACUGAUUCUUGUUCCACUGAUUACUUCCUCUGACGAGUCCCAUCACCCGCAACGUAAAUGAACAAACUUACAUGCCAUUUUCUGAGUGAAGACUUUGAGGUUUUUAAUUUAAAGGCUGUGUACAGUUAUACUUUUUUAUAUACCUGUUCUUCCAUUCACUGAUACUUAAAUUAUGGCACAGAGUGAUACACACCAGUCUCGAGGCAGCCCCUGUCUCUGUGCUGCACUGUCAACCAGCCGGGCUGCGCUGGGGGCAAGUCGCAAGGCCGGGGCUUAGUGAGACGGGUGGUGUUUGAGGCUAGAGGUUGCAGUGGAAAGGUGGGGACACGCUCGGCUGGGUAUCUGUCGUGAAUGCCCUCCGCACUGGAGGCAUCCGCCGUGAGUUCCGGAAACAACCUUAUGUAGUACUCCAAAUGUCCCCAUAUUUAAAAACUUAUUUUCGUUCUGCUUGCGUUCCAAACUUCAUACUUGCAAAUUAACAAUUUUAUCAGUGAUUUGGAAGGUUCAAAAGUAAGACUAACUUCUGAAGCACAUGCGUCUAUAGGUUAAGAUGCUUUAUAUUAGACGGUCACGUCUCGGUGUAUAUCUGUAUAUAUUAUUUGAUAUGCAGAGAAUCUAAAGAGUUCGUCUACUGUUUGAGAUUUAAUGGUUUCUGACAGAGGGUUUCAUUUGUAAACUGCUUGAAGACUGUGACAUUCGGGCACAGGCCUGGCUGGGCCAGCUCGGGGCUGGGGGCGUGCGGGCCUGGGCCUGUGUGCCGUGGAGGCGGCUGUGGGGAGGCCUGUCUUGGCCAGCCAGCUCUGGGCCCCCCUCCAAACCAGCCUCAGUCCUUUCCGUAGCAGAACACUGUAAAACCUCCCGUGUCUUUCCAGCAGCUGAGGGACACAGGGCUCCACUCCUCUCUGUUGCUCAUGAGCACACGAAAGCUGGGUCUCACCCUGAGCACAGGGGUCUCUUCUGAGUGGCCUUGGUCAUCGGGAGCAGAUGUGCUGGGGCAGGAGUGACACUGUAAUCACAGGGCAGGGGGUUAGGGGGGAGGGAAGGCGGGAAAACCUUUAUUUUGUGUAACCCAGACAUGGGGGAAAUGGCCGCUGCCAUCACAAGCUAUGCAUUUUCUCAGUGUUUCCAGCGAGCUUGAUGUCUUGCUUGGAAAGUGGAUGUGUGUCUGUGUUUGUCAUGACAACUUACCAGCAGAAAUCCUCAUUCCUUUGCUACAGAUUUACCAAAAAUUGUCAAGUCUUUUCAGUUAGGAGUUUCUUUAAAUGUAUAGUAUUUUAGAAAAAAAGAAUCAAUAAACAGUUGAUCUCGUG